GCAAUCAUGCUUUUAUAUUUAAAAUAGAAUCCAAAGUCAAAACAUUAAAAUAGGAAAUAUAUUAGCUUUAGAAAACACUUUCUCUAGAGUUUUUAUUUAGUGCUCUGAAAAAAUUUCUACAACAAAAUAAAUAAAAGCCAAAGCUAAAAAUUUAAAGCCUAAAUCUUAGAGCAAAAAACAGAAAGCUACAGCUUCGACCAAUAUAUAUUGGGUUCUCUUUGUGUUUUAAUUUCUAAACCGGAUCGACUAGAUGUUAAACAAAAAUCAAGGGGUGAGUUUUCAAUAUAUAAAACAAAGGUAUUUUUAUAUACUUAAGCUCCUAACAUAUUCGUGUGUUUUACCCUAAUGCUACACUCUUCGGUUCAAGCCGCAGCCUCUGCGGCAGUCGAACCACCGUGGAAAAAGAUGAAACCGAAUCCAUCUCCACCGUCGUUUUUGUCGCUUCCUGAUGUGAUCAUUCUAAACUGCUUAGCGCGCGUAUCCAAAUCCUACUACCCUAUACUCUCCCUAGUCUCCAAGUCCUUUCGCUCUCUUAUCUUAUCCAUUGAGCUCAACCACGCACGGUUUCACCACAAAACACAAGAAUCGCUCUUUUCUAUAUGUUUACAGCUUCCCGACCGUCCUCUUCCCUCAUGGUUCACCCUCUGGAUACAACCUGAUCAAAUCGAGAAGAAGAAAGCUACAUUGGUACAAGUUCCUUCUUCCUAUGCUUCUCGAGAACCAUUGUUCCUUCGUAGGGUGGGUUCAGAUAUCUACGCACUCAGACAACGUUAUCCUCCGUCCCAAGUCAUGUUAGUCCGCCACAAUGAGAACGUUUUAUGGAGUAACGCACCUAGUAUGACUGUAGCUCGAGUGAAUCCAGUUGCGUGCGUACUCCACGGGAAGAUAUACGUAUUUGGAGGUUGCAAGGCAAAUGAAUCCGCGGAAAGCUGGGGUGAGGUUUUGGAUAUAAAGGCUCGAACAUGGGAGCCUUUACCUGACCCUGGAGACGAGCUUCGGUUCUCUUCAGUGAUUAGAAAAAUAGAGAUUACCCAAGGGAAGCUUUACGUUAGGAGUAACGAGGAGAAAGACUCUGUCUAUGAUCCGAAAACACGUAAGUGGAAAGCUACGCCAAAAGCACGCGAGGGUGACAGUAGGUGUAUGGUAGGUAAUAUAUAUUACGCUUGUCGUGCGAAAAGUUGCAUGUGGUAUGACAAAGAGUGUAACAAGUGGAAACAGGUCAAGGGGUUGUCUUCAUUCAAUAAGAAUUAUCGUAGUGGUUUGAUUGAAACAGUUAAUUACUGUGGGAAACUCUUAAUCAUGUGGGACAAGUUGGCGCAGCCUCGUCUUCGUCGUAAUUGUCAAGAAAAGACUAUUUGUUGUGCAUUGGUUGCGCUUGAAAAGCGCCAAAAUGGUCAAGUUUGGGGAAAGGUUGAGUGGUCUAAUGGUGUGCUUACGGUUCCCAGUUCAUACGUUUUCUUGCGUUCUUCAGUGAUACGGACUUGAUCAACUGUAUCUAUUUUUAUACUAUCAAGAAUGGCUUUUAGAUUUUUUUUGCUUAAACAUUGAUUAUAUAAAAUCACUAGUGGAGGGCCGGAUUCAUAUUUUUUAUUCUCUAAUGAUUUCAAAAUUGUUUUCGUGAAUCAUUUGGUAGUAGUUAGUGAUAGUACUGUCACUGGUUCUCAUUGAUCGAUUCAAAAAAAAAAAAAUAGUUGAUAGUACAGAUUUAAAUGUUAGUUGAAAUUAAAACAUAAAGUAAAAUUGUUGUUCAAAAACAGAAACAUGUAAUGCUUGUGUUUGCUUUUUUGAUUAUCUAGUAGUGACAUCCAUGCGAAAUGUCAUUAUAUUUUUUUGCAAAUUAUUUUUAUUUGUUUGGGUUGGUUUUGUGUGUUUGUAUUGGUGGUUGUGUGUGGUGAGAUAUUAUUCUCUGUAAAAAAUUAUGGUUUAGAUACAAUAAAACUAUAAAUUUAUAAUAAUGGGACUAUGAGAUUUUACUAAUUUAUAAAGUUAUUAAUUUAGAAAAAAAAUAUUUUUAAAUCUUUCUAUCUUAAUC